AAUCAGGGAGUACUAGCUCUUAGUUAAGUUGCAAUUUUUCAUUAUUUGUGCUGGCGACGCCCGAGAACCUAACUGGAGAUUACAUGACCUCUCACCAAAUCGGUGCAAGUUAAUCAAUUACCAUAAUACCAGACACCAUGGAGAAGAAAUUAGACGAGAUAUUGAAAUCAUACGUCGUCACUCAGGCCAACACAGAGGUCAGAAAUAAACUGUUAGCAGCGGGAUUCGUAGUUGUCGACAGAAAUGGAGUUGUGUACACAGACACUGCCGGACGUCUAGACUUCGACCCAUCGUCUCCGGCGUACGGGCCAGAUUCAAUCUCAUGGCUAGCAUCAAUGAGUAAGCUCGCGACAGCGGUGGGCUUGCUGCUUCUCGUGGAAAGGGGUAUAAUCGGCCUUGAUGAUGACAUACGCGGAACACUGCCAGAGCUCGCGGCGCUCCAGGUGUUGCGUGGGUUUGACGAUGAUGGGAAACCUACUCUGGAAGCCCACGGGCGCACUAUUACCUUAAGACACCUCUUAUCACACACAUUAGGCAUGGGCGUAGACAUGGCGGACCCCGACCUAAUCCGCUGGGCUAAAUACACCAGGCGUAGCACGAAUUACAUGAGCUACACGUUAGAAGGGAUCACGACGCCCCUGAAGUUUGCGCCCGGAGAGGGCUGGUACUACGGGACAGCAUACGACUGGGCGGGCUACUUGCUCACAAAACUCACGGCGUCGUCUCUGUCGGCAUACCUGCAAGACAACGUCUUCGGUCCCCUUGGCAUGGAAUCUACCACAUUUCGUCCGUCGAAGAGUGAGAAAGAGCGUAUGCUAGCGUUCGCAUACGCGCAAACCGAUGAAAAGGGAGGUAUCGUCCUUAACCCUGGGCCCUCGCCCAUUCCCGAUGAAAUCGCUUUCGAAGCAGGCGGGUCUGGAUUAUUCUCCUCGCUCGCGGAUUACGGGCGGUUAUUACAUGGGAUUCUGGCGCAUAAGAUUCUGAGCCCGGAGACCACUGAUCUCCUAUUCGCGUCGCAGCUGAACGAUGCGCAGAAAGACAUUCUGAUGGCUAUUGCGGCGUAUGCGCGGGACGGCGGGUUUACGCCUGAACUGCCGAGAGAUGCGCCGCUCGAUCAUGGAUUGGGCGGGGUUUUGAACGUCGAGGAUGUCCCUGGGAAGAGGCGAAAGGGAAGCAUGAUGUGGAGCGGUGCGACGAAUGGACGCUGGUGGAUUGAUCGGGAGUCGGGGCUCGCGGGUGCGGUGUUCACGCAGGUUGAGCCGCAUGGGAAUAAGAUCCUGGUGAAUAUGUUUGAUGAGCUUGAGCGGACCGUGUAUGAAGCUCGACGAGUCGAGAAGGAGAACAGCUUGGCGUGAGAUGGGCAGAAAUGGAGGCAUGCGAUAUUUCCGUCUGGUAUGUUCUUGUAGAUAUAACAUCUGAGAUCUCGUAUAUACAUACCU